GCACCAGCUACUGCGGAAAAGCUUUCUGCUUCAGCUGGUGGACCUCCUCUUCCGCUUCCAUGGCUUCCCGCUUCCUAACCUCAGUCCUCGCGCUCUCCGCGAUGUUGUUCCUCUCGGCAACACUCGCUACCGCCGCCGCUGCCGCUGCCGCCGCCUCCUCCUCCUCCUCCUCUUCUUCCACCUCCCCCCCAGCCCACCAUCUCUCUUCCAUCAAAUCCUUCUGCUCACGCACGCCCUAUCCGGACUCUUGCUUCGACUCGCUGAAACUCUCCAUCUCCAUCAACAUUAGCCCCACCAUCCUCACCUACCUCCUCCACACCCUCGGAGCCGCCAUCUCCGAAGCCGGGAAGCUCUCCAGCCUCCUCCAAACCGCGGGCCGCAGGAACAUCGUGGAGAGACAGAGAGGCACGAUUCAAGACUGCAGGGAGCUGCACCAGAUCACGGUGUCCUCCUUGAAGAAAUCGGUCUCGCGGGUCCGGGACAGCAACCCCCGGAAACUGUCCGACGCGAGGGCCUACCUUGCCGCAGCCCUCACGAACAAGGACACUUGCCUGGAAGGCCUGGACUCUGCAUCCGGGUCGCUGAAGCCACUGCUCGUGAGUUCGCUCAUCAGCACUUACAAGCACGUGAGCAACUCCCUGUCCACGCUCGCGAAACCGUCCACCCCGAAAGGCGGAAACGGCCGCCGCCGGUUGAUGGGCUUCCCCACAUGGCUUUCGCGCAAGGACCGCCGGAUCUUGCAGAGCUCCGGCGACGAGUAUGACCCGAGCAAGGUCAUCACGGUGUCCGCCGACGGGUCGGGGAACUUCACCACCAUAUCCGAUGCCAUCAAUUUUGCUCCUAACAACAGCUAUGACAGGACAAUCAUAUACGUGACGGAAGGGUUUUAUCAAGAGAACGUGGAAAUCCCGAGCUACAAGACCAACAUUGUGUUGCUGGGCGAUGGAGCCGGUCUCACCAUCAUCUCUGGGAACAGAAGCGUGGCUGAUGGUUGGACCACGUUCAGAUCUGCAACUGUUGCUGUUUCAGCUGACGGGUUCCUUGCCAGGGACAUAACCUUUGAGAAUUCCGCUGGGCCAGCAAAGCACCAAGCAGUCGCUCUCCGAAUCAGUGCCGAUUUUGCCGCGCUAUUCCGAUGCUCCAUCGGUGCCUACCAGGACACUUUAUAUGUCCACUCCUUCAGGCAAUUCUACAGAGAGUGCGACAUCUCGGGGACCAUUGACUACAUCUUUGGUAAUGCAGCCGUCGUCUUCCAAGGCUGCAACAUCAUCUCCAGACAACCUCUGCCUGGCCAGUUCACAGUCAUUACAGCGCAAUCCCGGGACACCCCAGACGAGGACACGGGAAUCUCGAUCCAGAACUGCACCAUACUGCCCUCGGACGACCUCGGGGCGGUUAGGAGCUACCUUGGUAGGCCAUGGAGGAACUACUCAAGAACUGUGGUCCUCGAGUCCUACAUCGAUGGGUUCAUCAACCCAAGAGGAUGGACCGAGUGGUCGGGCGCCCAAGGGCUGGACACCCUGUACUACGGGGAGUACGAGAACUAUGGACCUGGCUCAGGCACGGAGGGCAGAGUCACCUGGCACGGGUAUCACGUCAUGGACUACUACGACGCCUCCAACUUCACCGUGUCCGAGUUCAUCACUGGUGAUGAGUGGUUGGAUUCCACUGCAUUCCCUUAUGACAACGGCAUUUGAAGCUUCGUUUUGGUUAACUUCUAAAUUGCAUUGUACCUUAGCUUAUCGAAUUGCCAUCUGAAGUUGACCGCUCAGUAAAAGCCAUGAAUGACAGGACAGAGAGAAACUUUCUCCUAAGUGUACAUGAGGAAGUUAAAAUGUGAUUGCCAUUAGAAUCUUC